UCCGUUUCCCAGCAUGCAGCGGGACGGGGCCAGGCUAUGCCAUACUCGGCUGGGAGGGGGUGGGGCGGCGGCGGGAUGGAGUCGGUGGUCUUUAUCUUUUCGCUGAUCGACUGCUGCGCCCUCAUCUUCCUCUCCGUAUAUUUCAUAAUUACACUGUCAGAUUUGGAAUGUGACUACAUCAAUGCUAGAUCAUGCUGCUCAAAACUCAAUAAAUGGGUGGUCUCUGAGGUGAUUGGUCAUGCUGUUGUAACUGUAUUAAUGCUUCUUUCAUUGCAUUGGUUCAUCUUUCUCCUUAAUUUGCCAGUAGCAACAUGGAAUAUUUAUAGGUACAUUAUGGUGCCAAGUGGAAACAUGGGGGUAUUUGAUCCCACAGAGAUCCAUAACCGAGGACAACUGAAAUCACACAUGAAGGAAGCCAUGAUUAAACUAGGUUUUCAUCUGCUUUGUUUCUUCAUGUACCUCUACAGUAUGAUUCUGGCUUUGAUAAAUGAUUGAGAAGUUGGAAAAAGAUCCAUUAGCUGUCAAAUUGGGUCAUCACUCCAGUGACUGGUGGAGCUACAGACACCUUCUGAACAUACCUAGCUCUGUGUCAUCAUGCAGUAUAUUUUUUCUCUUUGAACAAGAAAUAUUUUUCUGUAUUUUUAACAUAAAAUAUUUUCAAAAGAUACUGGAUUUGUGUAGCAACUGUUUUUGUACCUUUGUAACCCAAAGUGCUGAUGCUGCUGCUUCUGUAAUAUGAAAUCCUUGCUGACAGAACUGAUAAGAAUUAAAUAGCAAGAAGGGAAAUUUCUUGCAGCAGCAUGGGUGGUAGUUCCAGAACAAAUUUAAGUGCAGCUCUGAUGUCUGCUUGUUACUGAAAGGUGUCAGGAUGUGCCUCUGGAUGUCGUGUUGUCCUGUUCAUGCCUACUUUGAAGCAGUGCUUGGAACACACAUUUCAAAGUGGAACACUAGCGCAGCUUGCUUGGUUGUGCCAGUGUUUUUUUCCACCUAAAAAGCAAUGGAAUAAAAGUUAUGCUUUUCUCCCUUUC